CAACAAUUCCUCACCCAAACCGCUUUUUGCUCCAGUAUAUUUUUUGGUCAGUCAUGGAAAAUGUAGAACAUGAGGGUUCUGGAGAGAACACUGAUGAACUGCUCUCUGCAGAAGUGGAUGACGAGAUUGAUGUUUAUGAACUCAUUCCUCUGGGAUUGUCCCAUGACCACUGCGAUCGUCUGCUGGAUGCCAUUGAUGCGCAAUUGAAUCAUAUACAGACGCAAAGUCAAUUCCAAAUGCGUGAAGGCACCUCCAAGAGAAAUGAAUUUCCUUCUUCGACGGGUUAUCUUGAUCGGAGUUUGUCUUUAAGUAAAGACACAGGCCUGGGAAGCACUGUUCCAACAAAUGAUAAAACAACAUCCACCCCUGACUGGACUCCUUCAGAAGGGAAAUGUCCCCAAGCGGAACAUCAGACAGUGGAGAUUCUGAAGGUUACAGAUGUGUGGCAUCCAGAUGGAGAUGGCUUGUGCUCAGCGUCCAGGAACGAACAGUGCCGAUGGAGGUUAGAGAGGCUUCUUGGGAAAAGUACUGAAGCAGCAGGGAUAAGAAACGAGGAAGAUGAACUCACAAUGGACAGCAUAUGUACUGAGGAUUUCUCAACACGCUUCAGAGAUGAGAUGAUAGAUCCUGGCAACGGUGUGGCUCCACCCCCUGAUGUACCCUCUACCAGCAGUGACACUGCAGAUAAUAAUGAACGGUCAAAUAAUCACACUCAGCAUCUAUCCAAAACACCAAUUGGACAACUCACAGGAAUUUCCAUGCAGAGUUUUGAUUCCGUCACCAUAGACACUGAUCUGGACACAGUGUGCUCAGAAAAGGUUCGAAGGUACCUGAAAUCUGCACUCAGCAACAAGAAAGGAUUCCGUUUUAGCAGAGAAAAUGUAUUCUCUGCUGGACCGGCCAUACAAAGCAAUACUCAAUCUUUCAGCUCUGAUGAUGAAGAGACGAGUGGUGAAGGUUCUGUGUCAAAGCGUUUCUCCAGAGGCAGAAGACAUCCACCCAGCAGGAACGGAAAAAAGCAAAGUUCUCACCAGAGCAAAAGAAAUCUCUCCUACACUAGUUCAGAAAGACCUCGGGACAAGAUCAGAAUAAAUGAAGAUCAGCUCAAAGAUUUGAAGCUCUCGAUUGCUAAGCUUCAGCAGCAAAAAAUAGCUGUGGUUCACACUUUGGGAAAGCUGAGAGAGGAAAUGGACCAAACUAAGACAGAGCAGCAAUCUCUACAGAUCAUAGUGAGAGACAGCAGAGCACAGGCCCAGAAUAUCAGGUGUGAAAUACACCGACUGCAGGUCCAGAAGGAUUUAUGUCUGGAAGAGGUCAGGGUACUGCAGGAGCAACAGGAGAAUUUAGUUCAGAAGCCAAACAUCAGCUGUCACAAUUGUGUAAGCCGCAGUGUGUCCAUUCUGGAAAGGGAUGAGAUGGACAGAUUGCUGGAUAAUGCAAAAUCUGAACUGUUCUCAGAACAGAGGCGUUUCAGGCACACAAUAGACUCUAUGCAAGAGAGGUUGGAUGAGGUGAUUCAAGAGAUGGAGCAGAAGGACGAGGACUUUAGGUCUCUUCAACAGAAAUGCAUUAGCUUGGAAAAGCAGCUGGCUGAUACCAUCAGAGAAACAGACCAAAUUAAACAGUCUUCACAGCAAGAUCUAAAGCAGCACGUGAGCCGGUUUGAAGUGCUGGAGCGAACUGUUGCCCAGAAGGAUUUGCUGCUGCGGGGGCUGGAGGAAGAGAAGAAGGCCCUUCAUCUGGAGCUCUCUUCACUUAGAGAAGAACACAGUUUAAAGUUAACAGAACUACAAAACAGGAUAAAGAAGGAAAAGGAACAAGAGAUAAAUCAACUGAAUCUACAGUUAACAAAAAGACACCAAGAGGAACUUCAACUGAUGAAAGAUGAGGAAGUCAAGAGACUUAAAGAAGCUCUAGACCAGCAUGCGGGGGAAAUGAGAAGGCAAGCAGAGGAGCUGACAAGUGAAACACAGGAAAAGAUUGAAAAGGCUUUGAAGCAAGAGGAGAGAAAGUGGACGGAGCAAAGAGAGACGGCUCUCAAAGAGCAGCGUGGGAUUCUGGAAAAACAGAUAGAAGAGGCAGUGAAGAGAGGAAAAGUGGAGGUGGAGAAAGAGAGAAGGAAAACGCUGGAACUGCAGAGUAAAGUCUCUGAGCUUCAGAAACAGACUGAGAAAGAUGUGGUGCAUCUUAAGGAGAGCUUGGAGCGCUCUGAGCAAGAGCUUCGACACCUGAGGGCCGCCCUCUCGGAAAGAGACCAAAAACACCAGAGAAGAACAGCUGGACUCGAGCGUCAGAUCGGGAAUUGGGCACAGGACAUACACACUGAAUGUGUCUCCCUACAAGAGCUGCUUAAGAACAAUGGCGUGACUGUCGACAGCAAACACCUGCCUGACAGUCCUACAGUGCCUGAAGCUCUUCAGGGUCUGCAAUAUCUCACAAAAACCACACAACAUCUUAUAAAUGAUCUUAAAAAUGAGAUAAGCUCACAGAAACGCACUGCAAAGCAUCUCAGUCUUGAUAAGGAGCGAGAGCUUCAUCUACAGAAAGAACAGAUAACUGAGGAAAAGAAACAAGCACUGGCAUCUCUAAAAGAAAAACUCAUACAGGAGCACAUGAAGGAAAUAAGCGGUUUAUGUACAACCAACAUGGAUGAUGACGAUGAAACAGAUGGACUGUUAGCACAUAUGCAUAGGCAGCUGCAAGCGAAAGAUGAUGAACUCAAGCUGGUGCAGAAAAACAUGGCAGAGUGGAAAGACAAAACCACUGCGAGACUCGCACACAAAUUUCAGCUGGAGCUCACAGACGGGAUGGAUAGGAGGGUCGCAAAACCCCAAGCAGAGCAGCAGAAGAGAUUGGAGAGACUGGAGAAUGAGAUGAGACAUCUGACUGGGCAGUGCAGAGACCACAAACAAUCCCAGUUAUCCUCCACUGCUCUUCAAACUGGCCCAGACUUCCAACACUCCCCAAAUACCAAGGAUCUGACCUCAUAUAAACUUUUGCAGCACCUUCAGAGUCGCAUUCGUCAACUGAAGGAGGGCCAGGCUCACUGUCCCAGCCCAGUGAAGUGGGACAGGGAUGACAGAAACCUGGGAGGAUCAUAUCUGGAUACAAUUACUCCAGCCCAGGAAUGCUACAAGACAGAAGGUUGCAUUCCAUCAAGGACCUCAUGCAGUUGACAUUUACUUUAAACCCUCAUCUUAAAAUCGACAGAAUUCAUUUUAUAGGGUAA